GAUUUCCUCUCUUCCUUCAUUCGCAUUAACAAAAAAAAAGUUUGUUUGGACGUUGAUUGGACUUGUUUGGACAAAAAAAUGAUAAUUUACGGGGUGUAUAUAGUCAGCAAAUCGGGUGGUCUGAUCUUCAAUUUGGACAACAAUGUGCCGCGGAUAGAACACGAGAAAACCUUUACCUAUCCACUGGAUCUGAUGUUGGAUUACAAUCCCAAGAAAGUCAGUGUGGCCUUUAAUCGUAAAGAUGGGAUAAAUGUUGGUCAUGUUUUGGUUGCGGUGAAUGGUACCCAAGUAAAUGGUGCCACGCUGGAAGAUGGCCGCGAUGUAAAGGAAGUCUUGGAGAAUGCCGAAAAUUAUCCAUUGAAUCUAAAAUUUAGCCGUCCCAAGAUGACAACAAAUGAAAAGAUCUUUUUGGCCAGUAUGUUCUAUCCACUCUUUGCCAUAGCGAGUCAAUUGAGUCCUGAACCGAAAAGUUCAGGCAUUGAGACACUGGAAACGGAUUCCUUUACGUUGCAUUGUUUCCAAACAUUGACGGGCGUCAAGUUUAUUGUUAUCAGUGAGACGGGUUUAAGUGGCAUGGAUAUUUUGCUAAGAAAAAUCUAUGAACUCUAUUCAGAUUAUGCCCUGAAGAAUCCUUUCUAUUCGCUGGAAAUGCCCAUACGUUGUGAGCUGUUUGAUAAUAAGUUACAGGCAUUAUUAGAUUUAGUUGAAAAAACGGGGACAUUAAAUUUGGACAAAUAAAU